CAGAGACCGAAUUCCCACGCGAGAUGCACGCGGGCUAGAGAUGGCUCGGGCAGCUACUCGCUUAGUGAGGACCAAGGGCGGUGCGAUCUGAAGCACGCUACUGUAGCUUCGACAUGGAAGGAAAAAAAGAAAUGUUCUGUGUCAAAGUUCGGUUUGGGGACUGCUGGCUGGCUUUGUUCCGAGAUCCCCGAUCCAUCGGGUCUCAAGGGUAGGUUAUGCGUAAAGUAG